CCUCCUCCUCCUCCUCCUGUAGUCUUCCAUGCCCCUCCUCCAUUUUUCCAUAUAAGCCCAGCCCUCCUCCUCCUCCUCCUCCUCCUCUCCUCCUCCUCCUCCUCCUCCUCCUCCUCUUCCUCCUCUUGCAGUACGACACUUCCUCCAAACUUUCCUUACCCUCCUCCUCCUCCUCCUCCUCCUCUUCUUCCUCCUCCUCCCUCCUCUCAGGUAUAUAAGAAGGCGGGUUUCUUGGACCUCCGCUCAUUCACACGCGCACACACACGCGCGCACACCUGCAUAGUGACACACGCACACACACACACACACAUACACACACAUGCAUACAUACAGACAGACAGACAAGUGUGUAUUUUUGUGAGUGAGAGAGAGAGAGAGAGAGAGAGAGAGAGAGAGGGAAAGUUUUCUCCUCCUCCUCCUCCUCCUCCUCUUCUUCCUCCUUCGCCGUCUUCUGCAAGAGGGAAGAAGAAGAAGAAGAAGAAAUAUAGAGGACAAAGUGUUAAAAGAAGAAGAAGAAGAAGAAGAAGAAGAAGAAGAAGAAGUGAUAAAGGAAGACCAACAACAACAACAACAACAACAACAACAACAACAACUCCUCCUCCUCCUCCUCUUCCUUCUCCUCCUCUUCUUCCUCCGCCAUGGCCUCCCUCCCCCGCCUCCCCCCCCUCUGUUGGUCGGGCACUCCCCCUCCUGCCCCGCCCCACUCGCCCUGCCCCGCCCCCCUAUCCCCCAUGGAUCUCCCUUGGGGGGCGUAGGGGAGCCAAUCCCCUCCUCUCCUCCUCCUCCUCCGCCUCCUCCUCCUCCUCCUCCUCCUCCUCCUCCUCCCCCUCCUCCUCCUCCUCCUCUUUCAUUCAUCUUAGAUCUGUUUCCUCUUCCUCUUAUUUUGCUUCCUCCUCCUCUUCCUCAUCUUCCUCCUCCUCCUCCUCUUCCUUCCUUCCGCAAGUUAGGUUCCUGUCCUCCUCCUCCUCCUCCUCCUCCUCCACAUCCUCCCCUUCUCAUCUCAGACUCCACUCCUCCUCUUCCUCCUACUCCUCUUCCUCCUCCUCCUCUUCCUCUUCCUCCUCCCUGAUUCAAGAUGCGGGUGCCCUCUUCAAUCCCGCCCUGAAGCCCCUCGGGAAAGAUCUGCAUGUGGACUCGCGGUCUGUGUCACGGGCGGGGAGUGGGCGUGAGGCAUUCCAGGACCGCCAGCAGCUUAGACACGCGCGUAGAAUUGUGGUGAAGUUAGGAUCAGCUGUCGUGACUCGGAAAGAUGGGCUCGGGUUGGCGCUAGGAAGGCUUGCGUCUAUUGUGGAGCAGUGUGCGGAACUCCAGAACGCGGGUCAUGAACUUUUAAUGGUGACCUCAGGAGCGGUGGCCUUUGGAGCACAGAAAAUGACCCAGGAACUUCUAAUGUCACUGAGCAUGCGCGAGACUCUAUCAGGGAAGGAUAGUCUGCGCGGGGAGGAGGUGCGCAGCAUGUUGGCCCCGCGAGCCUCCGCAGCGGUGGGGCAGAGCGGCCUCAUGUCGCUGUACGAGGCAAUGUUCACUCAGUACGGGGUGAAGGUGGCGCAGAUCCUCAUCACCAAGCCUGACUUCUACAACACAGAGACGAGGCACAAUCUUAACUCCACUAUCAAUGAACUGAUUGCCCUCAACAUUCUGCCCAUCAUCAACACCAAUGAUGCCGUCACGCCGCCCCCCCAGGUGGACGAGGAGGUGAGCCGCAAGCUGGACAUCCGGGACAACGACUCUCUGGCGGCGCGGCUGGCGGUGGAGGUGGAGGGGGACCUGCUGCUGCUCAUGACGGACGUGGACGGCAUCUUCACGCGGCCGCCGGGCGAUGAGGGCGCGCGCCUCAUCGACUGCUACGUGCCCGACGUACGCGAGGGCGAGGCGGGCGGCGUGGUGUUCGGCGACAAGUCGGCGGUGGGCACGGGCGGCAUGGACUCCAAGGUGCGCGCCGCGGCGUGGGCGCUGGAGCGCGGCACCUCCGUGGUCAUCUGCAACGGCUUCGCGCCUGGCGCCAUCAAGGGCGUGCUGGAGGGCCGCAAGGUGGGCACCUUCUUCACCACGCGCGGCGACGCGGGCCAGCAGGUGGAGGUGCUGGCGCGGCAGGCGCGGCGCGGCGGCCGCCUGCUGCAGGCGAUGCCGCCCGCGCGGCGCGAGGCGGCCAUCAGCACGCUGGCGGACCUGCUGGAGGCGCGCACGCACGACCUGCUGGCCGCAAACAGGCUGGACCUGGAGGAGGCGGCGCGCACCGGCUUGUCCUCGGCGCUGACGGCGCGCCUGGAGCUGACGCCCGCCAAGCUGUCUGGCCUGGCGACGGGGCUGCGGCAGAUCGCGGAGGCGUCGCGCGGCGCGGUGGGGCGCACGCUGAGCCGCAUGCUGCUGGCGGCGGGCGUGGAGCUGCGGCAGGUGACGGUGCCCAUCGGAGUGCUGCUGGUCAUCUUUGAGUCUCGGCCUGACUGCCUGCCGCAGGUGGCGGCGCUGGCCAUGGCCACGGGCAACGGCCUGCUGCUGAAGGGCGGCAGCGAGGCGCAGCGCUCCAACGAGGCGCUCAUGGCGCUGGUGCGCGAGGCGCUGGCCACGGUGGGCGCGCCGGGCGCCGCGCAGCUGGUGGCGUCGCGCGAGGACGUGGCGGACCUGCUGCAGCUGGAGGGAGAGAUCGACCUCGUCAUCCCGCGCGGCAGCAACGACCUCGUCAAGACCGUGCGUGAGCAGGCGCGCGCCAUCCCCGUGCUGGGCCACGCCGAGGGCAUCUGCCACGCCUUCAUCGACUGUGACGCUGACCCAGAGAAGGCGGUGAAGCUGGUGCUGGACGCCAAGUGUGACUACCCGUCAGCCUGCAACGCCGUGGAGACGCUGCUCAUCCACGAGGACAUCUUCCACGGCACGGGCGUGUUCACCAGCGUGUGUCAGGCCCUGCAGCGCCGCGGCGUCAGGAUCAACGCGGGGCCCAGGCUGGCCUCCCUCCUCACCUUCGGACCCCCCCUCGCCACGAAUUUCAAAGUCGAAUUUGGUGACCUGGAGUGCAUCAUUGAGGUGGUGAGCGGCCUGGAGGAGGCUGUUGACCACAUCCACCGCUACGGCUCCUCGCACACUGACAUAAUUAUCACAGAGAACCAAACGACAGCUAAACGGUUCUUGAAAUUAGUCGACAGCGCUUGUGUCUUCCAUAACGUGUCUUCCCGGUUCGCUGACGGCUACAGGCUUGGUUUGGGCGCCGAGGUAGGGGUCAGUACUGCCAGGAUACAUGCGCGCGGCCCCGUUGGCAUGGAUGGGCUCUUAACUACCAAAUGGGUCGUUAGUGGUGAUUGUGCUACAGCCUCAGAGUUCACGGAAGGGAAGAGGGUUUUUUUGCAUCAGCGCCUCCCUGUUGGUGAGGUGGAGGAGGAGGAGGAGGUGGUGGAAGGCGUGAGGGCGGUGGAGGUGGAGCAGCAGCAGCAGGAGGAGGAAGAGGAGAUGUGUUAGUUGUAGCUUGUUUGUUUGUUUGUUUGUUUGUUUUUUGUCUUCUUCCUCUUCUUCUCUUCUUUGUUGUCUUCUUUCUCCUCCUCCUCCUCUUCUUUUUCUUUUUUCUUGCUUUCUUUUCGUCCUCCUCUUAUUGUUGUUAUUAUUAUUAUCGUUUUUCUUAUUUUCUUCUUUCUUUUCUUUUAUUUUAUUUUUUUUGUCUUUCUCCUUUUCGUCAUCUUUUCUUUUCUUCUCUCUCUCUCUCUCUCUCUCUCUCUCCUUUCUUAAUAAACAAGUAAAAAAUCUAUUUAUAUAUUUAGUUUUAAGUCUUUCUACUUUUAUCUGUAAUUAAUUAUUUUAUUUAACUGAUUACAAGCUGAACUUCUACUAUUAUUAUUAUUACUAUUAUUAUUAUUACUAUUAUUAUUAUUACUAUUACUAUUAUUAAGUUACUAUUAUUUUUUUUCGUAUUUCUUAAACGUAUUUUAAGGUUUUAGUUUAUCUUGCUGUAUAUUUUUUUAUUUAUUACUAUUAUUACUACUAUUAUUAUUAUUAUUAUCAAUUUCCCUCCGUGGUGUUUGAAAAAUAAAUUAGUCACGCAUUUUUUAA